ACCAAGGUCAGACUAUGGCCAGGUAUGUUGGCCCACUCGAGGACCACAUAAUAAUGUCGUCCACGAAAAAGCGGCCUGGUCGGAGUUCGAAAGGGGAGGGUUCCAGCAAGAAGCCUAAACAAGGGGAGAGACAGGAGGCAGAACCGGAGCUGUACUCCACCAUCCCGCCGCAACCAGAGGCGAACAAACCGGGACAGUUGACCAAGAAACAACUCAAAUUUUACUUUGAAGAGGGUUAUCUUGUGCUGCGGGAUUUCUUUCAACCUGCCGAUUUGGAACCAGUGCGGGCAGGCAUAGCAGAAGGUGUUGAUACACUGGUCAACAAACUUUACGAGGCUGGCAAGAUCAAAGACAAAUGUAGCGAUGCCGAUUUGUUUCAUCGAAUUACACUGAUCGACAAACAGUUCCCGGGAGCUGCAGUUCUACUUCAUAAGCUUGGAUAUUUACCACAGAGUUUCUGCGACCUGUGGACCAAUGAGCGGCUGUUAAAUGUGAUAGAGCAGUUGAUUGGUCCAGACAUAGCUGGACAUCCAGUGUGGAAUCUCCGAGUCAAGACACCGAGGCACGAGCAAUCAACUGUACCAUGGCAUCAAGAUAACGCCUACCUGGACCCCGAGGCUCUCCAUGUCCUUCAACCUACAGCUUGGAUCCCACUCCUGGAUGUCAAUCAAAACAAUGGAUGCAUGCAGGUUAUUCCUCGCGGUCACUUACGCGGAGUGACAGCGACCCAUACCUGCUGUGUUGGAGGCACAUGGUACGUACAAGUCAAAGAUGAUGAGGAAAUGAAAACAUCACUGGGCAUUGAUGUCAAAGAUGCGGUUACCAUGGAGAUGAAAUACGGCAGCGUUCUCCUCAUGAACAACGCGAUACCACACCGUAGUUUGGAUAACAUGUCAGACGAAGUGCGUUGGAGUGUGGACCUAAGAUGGCAGCGUCCGGAUAAACCCAAUGGUUUCUACGGCAUAAAGGACUCUGUGUUAAUGAGAUCAUCCACAGAUCCAAAUCACGUGGUCGACUUUGAAUCCUUCGAUAAAGUAGACAGACACGUGAAAGCAAAGGAUUCAACUCUUGAUAUUCCGGAAGUAGACGAUGACCAGACUACUGAUGACGAGUUUGACACAACGAUUAUGGGGCCUUGGAUGAAGAGAUGGGAUCUGGUUCACCACAACAAACACACCGCUAAGUUUGUCAAACAGAAAUCAGAAGCAACAAGAAAGUCCAAAUGGGACAAGGCAUAAGUGCAAAAAAAAAAAAAAAUCUGGAUAAUUACUGCUAUAAGUCAAACUGAGAUAUGUAUCAAACAUGCGACCUGUGUUGCACAUGUUUACAAGAAGAGCCACUGAGCAUGACUUUAUUAAGGCAAGAUUUGCACACUGCCCAAUUUGUAGAAAACAUAAAAUCUUAAUGAACGAGAUUGCUCUGUCUGAUUUUGUUCAUUUUUUGAUAUGAAGAAAGGGGGCACAUCUCAAAACUUGUUCAGCUGUGAUUUGUUUCACUCUUGCAUUUAUGUGAAAAUUAUGACACACAUAUAAAAAUGUAUAUGGAUUUUUUUUUUUUUUUAUAAGAGAAGAGUAAUCUCAAUUAAUUGGCUAUGGUGUUCAAUCACGAUGGAUUGAGAAUGUUUAAUCAAUAUUUUUUUGCAAACAGACAAAAUCUAAGCUAUUAUACUGGACAUGAUAUGUUUUAGACCUAGGCCAACUGGCCUACAUACCAUGGUUUAUACAUUGUUUUAGGCGAGGAAGCACAUGAAUGUUAUACCGGUAAUGGUCAAAAUAAGGCUCUGUAAUUGCGACCCAUUGAGAAAAAAUGCUGUGGAGCAUUCGGUAACAAAAAUUGUCAGGAGAAAUUUGGAUGAGAUAGAAGUACGCCUAGCUGUUGCAAACUGCUUGUUAACCAAAAAGACCUCUAAUAUUGGUGUUGAACGUUACCAAAUAGAAAGGCUCAUCCAUUUAAUGAUAAAAAGUUUUACAAUAAUUUCAAACAGCUGCAUGACUUGGAUCACAUCAGAAAUAAAUCUCAUUUUAUUAUUUCUAAAUUAAAAACUAUAUAAGAUUUAUAUAACAACGCAAAUUUCAUUCAUAGUUUAAUCAAUCGCUAGCUUUGCUCAAACCUGUUAUGAGAGAUUACAUUUCUUAUAAUAUAUUUAAUAACGCUCAAAAUUUAGGUAUGGCAACUCAUUGACACUCCAAAGUCAAAUAAAUUAUUUGAAAUAUCUUUGUCUAAAGAAUGAAUAGAAACAUGAAGUAUCCGCAAAAUCUUUGAAAGUUAAUAAGGAUUUUCUAGCCAGCAUAUGACCUCUGAUUUUUUAUAGCAAGACUAAUAGCUUUAAGGGGCUAAUUUUGUCCGGCCAAAAAUGACUGUAAGAAUAUUCAAUGAAUGCUUUGUGGGUCUUUGCAUUUCAAUAAAAUGUGAUUGUAAAAUACAAACUUUAUUUUUAUAAUUUUGGAUUGUUAUAAUGUAGUGUCUUUGGUUAACUGUUUGCAUAGGAAUAUUUAGGAAGCACUGAAAGGAGAGCGUCAAGAAUCAAAGCAUUUACCUGACUCAGUUGGGCAAGGAGGGAACCAUGGUCUAUAUGGAAUUGAUUUCAUCACCAUUUAGCGGUCGCAACCGAGAUAAAUUACCAUUCCCUAAUUUAGCCUCUCUUAGCAAGAUCUUCAAAGGACCUCUCUGCAUUACACAGGGGUGAGAGUCACUGCCGACAAAAACAAAUAUGAAAGUAGGAUCCAAACUUUAGGAGACAAGAAGUUGAAAUGGUGGCAUUUCCAGCUUUCAGUAACCCCGAGGGUUUAGAUUUCACAGUGGUUUUAGGGACAAUGUCCUCAGCACUAGAGAAGUAGAUCAAAGAGCAGGAUCUGUUUAUAUGUGGACAAAAAUAACGACUGGGUUUCUUCACCAGGCCGAUAUAAAAAGUAUAACUUCAGAUAAAAGUCUGAAAUUUCUAAUCCCUGAAUACA